AAUACUCAGCAAAAAUAGUUAAUGCAAAAAUCGCUAUGGAUUAUGAAACAUUAAUUGUCAAAAAUAUACCAAAAUCUUUAAAACUAGCUGAGUAUUUUAAAAAAAAUCAUAAUGCUAUAGCAGCUCGGUAUUAUGGAAGAGCAAGAGCUGUGGUUCGCUUUAAUAAUAAAAAUGAUGCCAAAAUUGCCUUAACAAACCUGCAUCAAUCUGAAAUAAAUAAACACAUAAUUUCAGCGGAAUAUUUAGGAAGGCGAAAACUGGUAAAGCCGCCUAAUGAACACGUACAAGAGAAUAUGGACGAAGUUGAAAAAAACUUACCUGAUUUUGCGAAAAAGUUAUUAUCAAUGUCUUCAAUUCACGGUUUCAAUCAUCCACCACCACCCCAUUUAGUAUAUUGCUAUCCAAAAAUUAAUCGCGACAUUUUAGAUGCAAUAUCAAUUAGUUUAUUGUCUAAUUCUAAAUUUUAUGUUCAAGUUCUACAUUUAAUGAAUCGUAUGAACUUAGAGCCACCAUUCCUUGAAAGUAAAAGGUCUUUUGUCCCGCCAGGUGAGCUCAAACACGUCCAGACACAGACCGAUUUUGAACGAAUGGAAAAGUUAUUAGAAAGUGAUGAAUCUGAAAUAGAAUCUUCAGAUGACGGUGAACCUAUAUCCAAACGUUUAAGAAUCGAUAAAUCACAAUUAAGUGAUGAAAGAAUAAAACUUAGAUUGAAAAAAGUUUUGAAAUCUCAAAAUUUAAUAAAGAAAACUGCAACAACUAUUAAACACAAUGAAAAAACUAAUAUAUUUGAACCUCCUGAAAAAGACGUUUCUUCUAGAAAAAUUUCAUUAAAUGUUGCUUCCGUUAAACUUCCUAUCCAAAUGGAUACUUCAAGUGAAGAUUCAUCUAUUAAAGACACAGGAGAUAAGAGUGAUUAUUGCACUAAAGAAGCUAAGGCAGAAAUAUCUAAUGAAAAAGAAUUAACAAUUCAGGAUUUAAAAGAAAACAAAAUACCUGAAAUUCAGUUAAAAGAAAUGACUGUUUAUAAAAGUUAUCAAAUAGGUGAACAAAAUAAUAAACUUUAUAUAAAAAAUUUAAAUAAACACGUUACAAUUGAAGAUUUAAAAAGAGUUUUUAAACUUUUUGUUACUGAUAUUGAAACUGAACUAGAAAUUAAAUUGAUGCAACAAGGUCGUAUGAAAGGCCAAGCAUUUGUAUCCUUUUUAAAAGUAAAUGAAGACAAUAUGGAAAUAAUGCACGAAGUAAUUAAUUUAACUAAUGGAUUUAUAUUAAAAAAUAAACCUAUGAUUGUUUGUUUUGCUAAAAAAUGA